UGGUGAUUCUUGGCAGUAUCCACUGGGCAGUCACCACAUACAUAGGGGGUGUAGGGUAGUGAAAUUUUCAAAUUAAAUCAAUUAAACAAAAUCCAUAAGCCAUGUAAGUGGCUAUAUUAAUGGUGUCAUUCCUUUACGCUAUUUCCUAUUUUCUGAUGAUUAAUAGUGCGUAAGUUGUUUAACAUUUUUAAAAUGUAUUUAUUCAUAUGAAUCAUCAAUAAAUACCAAAACAAAUAGUAUGGAAGCCCAUUUGGAUCAAGUAUCAUCUCUCUUGGGAAAAAAAUCAUGCCGGAAAGGUGGAAGAUUAGAGAAAGAUCUGCCAUCAACAACAAGCCCUCCAGAUCCCCCUUCACCAGGCGUUUCAGCAUCAUCAUCGGCGGCGGUGGGGGCGGGGGCGGAAAUUGUCAAUGUCGAUAAUGCCUUUAAUCACCUGUCCAAACUCUACACCCUGGUGGAGCAAAUAGUGGAGAUGCGGAACACAAGUUCAAAAAUGUUCAACAAAGUGCGCCAACUAGAGCGGGUAAAAGCUUUGAAGAAAGUUAACAGUGACUUGGAAAAAGCAUUGUCAACUGGCCAACAUGUCCCACUGCCCGACGAAGACGUUGGAUUUGCAGAGUCGCUGCUGGGUGCCAUGUUGGCUAGUAAUUUUGAGGUGCCUGCUCGGAGAAGUUGCAAUAUUAACCGAGCGUCAUCUUCAGCGAAAAGAAGAGGAGGCAGCUCUUUAUCGGUGAGCAUGGAGCAGAGAAGAGUUUCUUGUCCAAUGGCUGUUGAAGUGCCAAGAAGAAACUCUGCAAGAGCCAUCAUGAGAAAUUGCUCAGCUGCAAAGAGUGCUAAUCAUAAACAGAGACCCUAUCCUCUGGUGAUAGGAUUGCCCAAAAUCUCCAAGUGGACUCGUGUGAAGGCUGCUUUUAGGUGGGAAAGAGCUGCCUGCAACACAGCAGAAACAGCAUCAGUCCCUCCCUUUGAAAUUGGAACUCCUACAAAAUUAUUGAAUAUACCGGAAAAUAAUGUUGGAUGCACUUGCCAAGUCUCUGGGCCUUCCACCCCAGCUGGUACCAUAUCUUCUUCGUCGUCGUCCAUUGAUGAUGUCUUUCACAGAUCACGCAAUGACAGUAGUCAUCAGAGGGCAGAAAUUGACGAUUCAGAUCCAUCAAGAAGAAGUCGCUCGUUGGAUGGAGAAACACUAGUUCCAAUGAUAUUUAAUUACAGCCAGCGAGGCAAGAAUCCUUUAAAUGCAGUGAAAAUUGAGUGCCGGAUGGCCAAAACCCCGUGGGGAAAAAUGAAGGACAUGAUGCAGCUUCGCCGUGAAAGUUUGGGAAGGCAAACAAGUAGAAAUUCACGAAAUGAAGACAACCAUUCAACAUCGAGUUUAGACUCGACUGAUUUACACAGAAUCGAGCAUGAUGGGAGAGCUCCUCGUGUUCGGAUCACAUCAGAUCCAUCAGGAUCAUCAAUGAACAUUGCCAAAUCUAAAGCCCAGCAGUUAGAAUUGAAAGAUAUUGCUUCAAGAAGACUCACGCCCAUGUUGACUAUAACUGUACCCUCCAGUGAAGAACUGAGGAGCAUAUCUUCACCUGAAUCAAUAACACCUCCGCCACCAAGACAUUUGUCAGACAAAUCUUCUCCAGGUUGUGACAUCUCACGGGAUAAAACGGGUCAGGUUUCUCCCAUAUCAUCGAGCUCUGGAGGAAUCCUCAAGUAUGGACUGGGUCGAUCUAAAACCUCACAAACUGUUCCAGCAGAUGUGAAGCAACACCAGCCGUUGAAGGGAGAUUCUCUAGGGUCUUCUCCGAAAAUGCAGAGGAGGAACUCCAAGUGGAAUAAAGUAAAAAGGGCCUUCCUUACCAGUGCUACGUCGGUCCCCACGAGCCCGAGCAGAAUUUCAUCUUAUUUCUUUGAUGAUGGCGAUGCAACAGCGGCAAGUUACAGUGCUAGUGCAAGUACUGAAGACUUGGACAAUGAGGCAUCCUCCAAUCCGGCGGUGCAAGCAGAGAUUCAGAGAAAUUAUCGACUUCUUCAUGACAAAAUAGGUGCCGAGUUUUAUCGAAAACUGGCAGAGUGGGACAAGGUGAAAUUAUCAAAUGUUAAAGAGUCAUCACGAUUAGUCCGUGAGAAAGACAUGGAUAAUCUUCGGCUGCUCAGCCAGGAUAAAUUGACACCAGAGUUUAAAAAAAAGUUGGAGGAAUGGAAGAGAAUGAACAAAGGUGGCAUCUCUCCUGAGCCUCGUGCCUUCAGCAAGAGGAGAUUGACGGAUUGGCAGUUGUGGAGAUCCCCUUCAAAAAUGGCAGAGACCAAGCCAGAGUCUCCAGGAAAACUCUCUGAUGAUUUUGUCAAAAAAAUGGAGGGAUGGACGAGGAUAAAGUCUGAGGCGAAGGAGGAUGAGGAGGAGGAGGAGGAGGAGGAGGAGGAGGAGGAUGAGGAGGAGGAGCAGGAGGAGGAGGAGGAAGAGGAUGACGAAGAAGAGCAGGAGGCUGCACGUGUCAAUGAAUUAAUGAAUCGCACUAAAUUUUCGGAGAGAUUCAAAUCAUGGAAGGGUUUGGAGGACGAGGAGUUUAAAUCACUUGGAAAAAUUAUCAACAACAUGGAGAGAGAUCAACAAACAAGAAAAAAUGCUUCAAGAUUAUCCAAGUUGCAUCGAGUAGUUGGCUCACCACCAGAGAAAACCCAAGAAGUACUGAUUCAUACGUCAACUGGAUUAUAUCGAUUUGAAGGAAUAUCUCGUCAAUUUACAAGAAAAUUGUACGAGUGGGAAAAGAGCCAGGGAAUUGCUCCGGAAUGCUCGACAUUCAGGCUUCUUGAUCCUCUGAGAUAUGGCAUAUGCUCGAGACCUAGAUUGAUGAUGCAGACAGAUGUUGUCGCUGAACGAAAACCUUCAGGGAGUCGCGGUCUGAGUCGAUCAAAGUCAUUGGGAAGUAUCCAUGUGGAUAGUUUCAGCACUAGUGAAAGAAAAUCUCCUGCACGAGCACGAGCACCCUCAUCGAGUCUCUCGUUGAAUGACAUUGACAAUUUAGAUACAAGAAGUUGUAUAGUAGGUUCUGUUCCAACGAUCCCAGAUGAAGAAGACACAUCAGAGGACAUUGGCCUUGAAGACUCGGAAUUGGACCCAGAGCUAGAACCAGAAGCUAUGAUUAUCGACAUUGAAGACGUUGUAGAGGAAACGGCAUGUCCAAUGGCAAAGUAUCAACCACAUCAAACACCAGUCUACAGCGUAGCUGGAAGUGAAACAACCAGUAUAGCAAUUCCCCUUGGGACUGUUACAUCAAGCCACGAACCCUCUCCUGUCAUUCUCAUUCAACCCGGCGAUGAGGUCCGACCAAUUGCUGCGCAGGCAUGCAUUAUCGAGGAAGCAGCUGAUGAUGAAGUACAUGUGGGAGUAAUUAGAAUAUCUGAAGUGACGCCCAGGUAUGGAGAAGGUGCUGAGAGAGAUGAAAGAAAUGGUUCCACUGAAGAUGAUGAGGGAAAUGAGUGGGAAAUUGCCAACAGAUGGAUUGGUAGAAGAGUUUCGUCGGUUGAUACCUCAUGCCGGCGGGAAAACGGCUCUCUCAUAUCUCAUGCCAACGCUCGCAAGAUGGCAGUACAUGAUUCUGAAAGCACCAAGGAGGCAGAAUUGUUAACUAGGAACCGUAAUCGAACCACCAAGAAUGGUGAGGAUGGUGAGGCUGGGGACGUCGUAACGGAAGUGGUAAUUACUGUUGCCAGUAACUCAAGACACUCGAGAAAGUACCUGAAGACGAGACGACUAACCGAUACCCAGAUUGGAUACCAACUACAUCAUAGCUCUUCCAAUGAACCAAUUGAGGUAACUAAAUCACAAUCAACUUUAACUGGGAGAAAAGAAUCAUCACCAGAACAAAUUGAUGAUUUUCUUCAAGCAUCUCACCGGGAGAAAAUCAUUAUCAAUGAAAAUACAUUAAACAAAAUAGUAGUUCCAACGAAUUCUGGAACAAUUUCAAUGGCGGAUGAUCAAGUAUCAUCGGUGAGAUUGAAGUUAAAAAGCGAAGAUGACGACGAUUUGGAAAGUAAAAAAGAGAAAAGAGAUCCGACGAGUAUGUUUAUAAAAACGAAGAGAAUAGUAUUUUCACCAUUUAGAAGAACAUCGAAAUCCUCAUCAUGUGUUUAUUCAGACACUUCUGAAACAGAAUCUGCACCAGAUACUCCAAUUAUCCUGGAACCUAGUACAGAGAUGAAAAAAUUUCAUGCCCCCCCAUCGCCAAUUCCUACUAGAAAAGAAUAUAGACAGACGGUAGUCUGCUCAGCUAAGGAGACAGCUCCCAGUAUCAGAAUGAUGAUAAAGAAGUAUAACGAAAAACUUGAAGCUUCAGGAUGUUGUACAGUGGGGCCGGGUUCAGCUACGAGUAGCGGAAGUGGUUCGCCAAUCUGGCGAUCUCCUGUCAGCGAACGGAGAAUAACAACUCGAAUGGAAAAAUACCAGGAGGAAGUGAGAAAGGCCAUUGCGGGACCCAUGUAUCAGCCCAAUGUUUUCGCCAUUUCAAAAAGUUCAACUACUGAUUUUACCAAAGCUCGGUGGACAGACGAACCUGUUAAUUUACUCAAUGCAGUCGUCAGGAGUGAAACUGCUCCCCAGAUACCCCAGCAGACCGGAUUCUGCAAAUUAAAAGAGACACCAACAUCUUUGAGAGCCCUCAUGAUUCAACAAGCUAAAGAGGAAUUUCUCUCUCGAGAUGUGAAUAUACAAAAAAAUAAGAAUCAUGACAAUAAAAAUAGCCCUCCGCCGGCCAUUGAUGCGGAAGAAAAUGGUAAAACAAGUUUUCAUCCAAUUGAAACACUCUCCAGGACUGACCUAGUCAAGUCUGCAAGUGUUGGAAUGAUUAAUAUCGAUUCAGAUGCCUUCGAAAGACUCCAAACAACUGAUUCAUUGAUAUUAAGUAGAAACUGUGACUCCUUACCAAGAUCCUCCGAUCACCUUCGUCAACAGGUUGAAAAAUGUGCUAAAGAGUCACGAUUCCAUCAGCUAGCCAAUAAAUUCAGACGGGCUAAAUUAAAGCGAUCCAAGGAUAAAGAAUUGGCGAGUAUGAGUACAGUAUCGAUGCUCUGUAGACAAAGUUUAUUUGUAGAUAUUGCAAACACACCAUCACCGUCUCAAUAUCAUCACGAUGACAACGACAAAAUGACAUCUAAUCUUGUGCGCAAGAGUAAAUAAUUUGAGAUGAUUAAAAAUACAACUAUUGUACCUAUUUUCAUUGAUUUAUGUCUAGUACUUUAUCUGCUUAAACGUUUGUAUAUUUAUAAAACUCAUUGAC